GCGGCGGCGCCGGGAGCUGCCCCCGAGGCUGCCGCCCGGCCCCCGCCCGCGCGUCAGCGCGCCCAGCUCGGGGCGCCGAGCUCCGCCUGCCCGAGGCCCCUGCGCGCGGCUCCGAGCGCGGGCAGCUGAGCGGCGCGGCGCGGGGGUGGGACGCGGGCGGCGAGUCCCGGCCGGGCGCGCGGCGGGCGCCCCACGAGCCGCUCCGAUGUGGCGGGAGGCGAUGCGGCGGCGCCGCUACCUGCGGGACCGCGCCGAGGCGGCGGCGGGCGGCGGCGGCGGGCUGCAGCGGUCCCGGGACUGGCUGUACGAGUCCUACUACUGCAUGAGCCAGCAGCACCCGCUCAUCGUCUUCCUGCUGCUCAUCGUCAUGGGCGCCUGCCUCGCCCUGCUCGCCGUCUUCUUCGCGCUCCGACUGGAAGUGGAAGACCACGUGGCAUUUUUAAUAACAGUUCCAACUGCUCUGGCGAUUUUCUUUGCGAUCUUCAUCCUCGUCUGCAUCGAGUCUGUGUUCAAGAAGCUGCUCCGCCUUCUCUCCCUGGUGAUAUGGAUGUGCCUAGUGGCCAUGGGGUACUUGUUCAUGUGCUUCGGAGGCGCCGUCUCCCCCUGGGACCAGGUGUCCUUCUUCCUCUUCAUCAUCUUCGUGGUGUACACCAUGCUGCCCUUCAACAUGCGGGACGCCAUCAUCGCCAGUGUCCUCACCUCCUCCUCCCACACCAUCGUGCUGAGCGUCUGCCUGUCUGCAACCCCGGGGAUCAAGGAGCACCUUGUCUGGCAGAUCCUGGCCAAUGUGAUAAUUUUCAUCUGUGGGAAUCUGGCGGGCGCAUACCACAAGCACCUCAUGGAACUGGCGCUGCAGCAAACGUACCAAGACACAUGCAACUGCAUCAAGUCCCGCAUGAAGCUGGAGUUUGAGAAACGUCAGCAGGAGCGGCUGCUGCUGUCCCUCCUGCCCGCACACAUAGCCAUGGAAAUGAAAGCUGAGAUCAUCCAGAGGCUGCAGGGCCCCAGGGCCGGCCACAUGGAAAACACCAACAACUUCCACAACCUGUAUGUCAAGCGACACACCAACGUGAGUAUUCUGUAUGCUGACAUUGUGGGGUUCACCCGGCUGGCCAGUGACUGCUCCCCAGGGGAACUGGUCCACAUGCUGAAUGAACUCUUUGGAAAAUUCGAUCAAAUUGCUAAGGAAAAUGAAUGCAUGAGAAUAAAAAUUUUGGGAGACUGCUACUACUGUGUGUCCGGACUCCCUAUAUCACUCCCUAACCAUGCCAAGAAUUGUGUAAAAAUGGGGCUGGAUAUGUGUGAAGCCAUCAAGAAAGUGAGGGAUGCUACUGGAGUCGAUAUCAACAUGCGUGUGGGAGUGCAUUCUGGGAACGUCCUCUGUGGCGUGAUUGGUCUGCAGAAGUGGCAGUAUGAUGUGUGGUCACAUGAUGUUACCUUGGCCAAUCACAUGGAAGCUGGAGGGGUCCCGGGACGUGUUCACAUUUCUUCGGUCACCCUGGAGCACUUGAAUGGGGCUUAUAAAGUGGAGGAAGGAGAUGGUGACAUCAGAGACCCAUAUUUAAAACAGCACCUGGUGAAAACCUACUUUGUAAUCAACCCCAAGGGAGAGCGGCGGAGUCCCCAGCACCUCUUCAGACCUCGCCACACCCUCGAUGGAGCCAAGCUGAGGGCCUCAGUCCGCAUGACCCGGUACCUGGAGUCCUGGGGGGCGGCCAAGCCCUUUGCACACCUGCAUCACCGCGACAGCAUGACCACAGAGAAUGGCAAGAUCAGCACCACGGAUGUCCCAAUGGGUCAGCAUAAUUUUCAAAAUCGCACUUUAAGAACCAAGUCCCAAAAGAAAAGGUUUGAAGAAGAAUUGAAUGAAAGAAUGAUUCAAGCAAUUGAUGGAAUUAAUGCACAAAAGCAAUGGCUCAAGUCUGAAGACAUCCAGAGAAUCUCACUGCUUUUCUACAAUAAAAUAUUAGAGAAAGAAUACCGGGCCACUGCACUGCCAGCCUUCAAGUAUUAUGUGACUUGCGCUUGUCUCAUAUUCUUCUGCAUCUUUAUUGUUCAGAUUCUGGUUUUACCCAAAACAUCUGUCCUCGGGAUUUCCUUUGGAGCCGCGUUCCUGUCACUUGCCUUUAUCCUUUUUGUCUGCUUUGCUGGGCAGCUUUUGCAGUGCAGCAAAAAGGCCUCUGCCUCUUUCCUGUGGCUUUUGAAGUCAUCGGGCAUCAUCGCCAACCGCCCUUGGCCACGGAUCUCCCUCACGGUCAUCACCACGGCCAUCAUACUGACCAUGGCCGUGUUCAACAUGUUUUUCCUGAGUGACUCAGAGGAAGCAAUCCCUCCAACUGCCAAUACAUCAAACACAAGUCUCUUUGUCUCAAGUAAUCAGGCAGCGAUGCUGCGUGCGCAAAAUUUGUUUUUCCUCCCGUACUUCAUAUACAGCUGCAUUCUGGGACUGAUCUCCUGUUCGGUUUUUCUGCGGGUGAAUUACGAGUUGAAAAUGUUGAUCAUGAUGGCGGCGUUAGUGGGCUACAACACCAUCUUUCUCCACACUCAUGCCCACGUUCUCGAUGACUACAGCCAGGUCUUAUUUGAGAGACCUGGCAUUUGGAAAGAUCUGAAGACCAUGGGCUCCGUGUCCCUCUUUAUUUUCUUCGUCACACUGCUUGUUCUAGGCAGACAGAAUGAAUAUUACUGUAGGUUAGAUUUCUUAUGGAAGAACAAGUUCAAAAAAGAGCGGGAGGAGAUAGAAACCAUGGAGAACCUGAACCGCGUGCUGCUGGAGAACGUGCUCCCCGCUCACGUGGCCGAGCACUUCCUGGCCAGGAGCCUGAAGAACGAGGAGCUGUACCACCAGUCCUACGACUGUGUCUGCGUCAUGUUUGCGUCCAUUCCGGAUUUCAAAGAAUUCUACACAGAAUCUGACGUGAACAAGGAGGGCUUGGAAUGCCUUCGGCUCCUGAAUGAGAUCAUCGCUGACUUUGACGAUCUGCUGUCCAAGCCGAAAUUCAGUGGGGUUGAAAAGAUCAAGACAAUUGGCAGCACUUACAUGGCAGCAACUGGGCUGAGUGCCGUGCCCAGCCAGGAGCACACCCAGGAGCCUGAGAGGCAGUACAUGCACAUAGGCACCAUGGUGGAGUUCGCAUUUGCCCUGGUGGCCAAACUGGACGCCAUCAACAAGCACUCUUUCAACGACUUCAAGCUGCGAGUAGGUAUUAACCACGGACCUGUGAUAGCUGGUGUGAUCGGAGCCCAGAAGCCGCAGUAUGAUAUCUGGGGCAACACCGUGAACGUGGCCAGCAGGAUGGACAGCACCGGAGUCCUGGACAAAAUACAGGUCACUGAGGAGACGAGCCUCAUCCUACAGGCACUGGGGUACACAUGCACGUGCCGAGGUGUCAUCAAUGUGAAGGGCAAGGGGGAGCUGAAGACCUACUUUGUAAACACAGAAAUGUCACGGUCCCUUUCCCAGAGCAAUUUGGCGUCCUGAAGAAUCGCCUUCGUUUUGGCAAGAAGACUGUAUUUUCAGGAAGGUACAAUGCACUUUCUGACUGCAACUUGUGUCCUUCGUUUUUGAUGUACAUGCUCUGUUCUGUCCUAUGGAGCCUUGCAGACUCAUUCCUGCGACCUGGUGGCAUACCAUUUGGUGUCUGAUGUGUGCCAAGAUCGCUCUGCCACUCGCACUGUGCUUACUCCUGAGCAGAAGGAAAAGGCGUGUGUGUUCUAGGAGAAAGGAAUUCAGAGAACUAACAGAAAUGAUAGAGGUGAAACAAACAAACAUUCUCAUGGCAAUAAAACUAGGGGGUGUAUAUUA